AUGACACACAAUUAUACCAAUACCAAUCUUGAAGAUGUCGGGGUAUUCGAACUACUCAGUGAGUUAUGUACCAGGACUGCAAGUAAAUACAGCAAUCAAAACCGAAUAUCACAAAGACGCCUUUCGGCCAAAAUGCGUUCAAAUGCUUACGAGAUUAUAUUAAAAAAAACAUCUUCUGCCUACAGUAUAAGUAAAGGAGAGCCAAUUAUCGAUUUGUUAUCAUAUUAUCUUGUUUAUCAACAAAAUGUUAGAAAUAUCGCUGAAUACAAAAGAUGUGUAGAGCUAAAGAAAAUUAUUAGUACUCUUCGUCAAACCGAUUUCGGUAAUAAUAAAGAAAAUAUACAUAAUGUCAUUCGGUUCCUGAUUGGACUAAAGAAUACCAUCAAAGAAGAUCUGUCACCAGAAAUGUUUCAGAAUCCCUUUACAUUUGGCCUAUUUGAUGAGAUGUUACCGAAACCAAAAAGAGAGCCUUUUGGCUCCCCACAGCCCUACUCUUAUUAUCCUUCUCAUGUAUUUGAGCUACCUUUCUCCUUGAAGCAUCAAGAAAUAGCAUUGGAGUAUCAGAAAUCUCAAUCUAAUUUUGAGUACACUGUAGACAGUUUUGAUUCAAGAUCUUAUCUUUCAACAACUUCCCAAAGGCAAGAAGAAACCAGAUUGAAGACCUUUCUUAGUCCCAUGUCGCUACCCUCUAUGACAUCAACACAUGUGUCGCCAUAUUCACAAGGCAGUAUGUACGAUUAUCCAAGAUUAACAGCACCUAGGGACCUACAGAUUCCUACUUCAUUGUCAGCUGAUGUUUAUGUUAAGAUAUCAAUGCCUCUUACAAACGUAAAAUCUGUGAUUAAAGAAGAAUUUUCGACUAAUGACAAUAAAUCAAUGGAUAUUUGGGAACUAGCUACUCAAAUUGAUAAAGACAUACCAGAAGAUAUAUGGGAAAUUGUUUGUAAAUUACCACCAAUCGAAGAAAGACAAUUGAUAGCUUCUUCCUCGAGAGAAGUGUGUUUGUGGCGAGAAACGUACAGUGACAAGCUUAAUGAACUCCAAAUUAUUUCUGAGAAACAGUUUAUUAGACAUAUCAUGUAUUUAACAAUUGGCGUAGAAACAAAAUCGUUUCCAUUUAGCCAAGAAUCAAACUGUUUUUAUAUGAAAGAGAACCUGGUGCUGGAAGGAAUAUCACAAGACCAUAUCAAGGAAUACGUAUCUGAAUUGUUGCUUGUAGGAACAUAUUAUAAACGUCUAUAUAAGUUUGCUUUUAGUGAAACACUGGAGGAACAUUUUCAUAGUAAUGGAUUGGUAUAUGAGGCAGCGAGAGAAGUGGUGCGAAGAUAUUUACUUGAAUUUCGCCUUGCGGCCACCGAGAUAUACGAUAAAUGUUUUAAAGCAUCCAACGAGGAUUUAAAUUGCAUGCCAACCCUAUUGCAAAUACUUUACCACAUGGAACCACUCAAAUAUGAGAUUGAAACGGUUGCAUCAAUCUAUAAAGUUAUAAACACAGAUGCCCAAACUACCAAAACUACAAUACCCCACGGAGCCGAACUGAUGUCCUAUUUGUUCAACGAAACCUCAGCUAUCACACACAAACAAACCACAUUCACGGUGUAUAACUCGUUGUAUACUGUUUGCAAAGUCUACUUCAAGUUUAUAGAACGAUAUAUAUUUGAAGGUGAAUUGGAGGACAGGUACAAUGAAUUUUUUAUUCGAAAAGACAACCAGUACGUGAACUGUCGUUCUAAGAGGUAUUGGGAUAAAGGGUUUCACAUCACUCAAGCUGUAGCUGUACCAGAAUUUUUGAAGUCAGUUGCUAAGUUUAUAUUACUUUGUGGGAAGUCUUUGAGGCUGUUGAAACUUUGUAAUCCUAAUGAUCCCCUAGUCCUCCUAAUAUCAUCAGAUCAUCCAUCAGUAAAAUGUUGCGUAAGUUUCGAAGACCUCGAGCGUCAACAGCAAGUACUGGAUGUUUACCGAACGAGAUGUCUGUUCGUUAGCGGCGAAUUAGUCACCUUUGAUCAAAUACUCUUGAAGAGGGAAGCUGAGAGAAAAGCCUUUACAGAAAUGGCGUCACUGAAGCAAGCUGAGACUAUGGAGAAAAUUACCGCCGAACGCAAAAGAUUAGCGCAACUAAUAAUAGCGGAGAAACAACAUUCCUUGCGUGUACUGGAAGCAGCCAUGGCAGAAGCAAAAGCCGCGAAAUGCAAAGCAAAACAACGUGAACGGAUGCGGUACGAAUUGGAACAUGCUGCUGAAAAGGCAACUGAGGAGGUCGAUUCAAAACUUAGAAAUGAUGAGAGGAACAAAAUAAUGGAAUACUAUUCAAAAUUGAACAUGGAAGUCGAAAAGAGUAAAAUGCACACGGAAUGGAAAAUCAAACGUUUGCAGCUAGACCAAAGCCGAAUGCAACUGCUAUCAACCGAAGAACGAAAUCUAAAAAGGGAAAAAUUAGAACUCGAACAUCAGAGAAACGAAGAAGUUAUGGCAAUGUCUAUUCAAAGCAUCGAUUACAAUAAAUCUGAGCACGAAAUUGACGAUAAGGAUAAUGAGAUUAAUUCUAACGUAGUUGCCGGCGACAACAUGUCUGAAUCAGUACAAUCGAUUAUAAUGGAAGAUGUUGAAGAAAAUAAUAGUCAAAGCCACAGUGAAAUAAGCAGUUCUAUCGGUCAAACUUCCUCUACUGUUAUCAGUGCCAUAUGUAAUGUAGCUAAGAGUUUUUUCGGUGUCUCUAAAUCUCAAGACGGUCAUUGCGAUAAUAACAGAGAAGUAGAUGAACAAGGGAAUAUUGUUCUGACUAAAAGUGAAAGUUUUAUACAACAUACCCAAUCGUCAAGUGACAUAGGAAGUAAAUUAAACGUAUUUAAUGAUAAUCUGCAAUUCCAAAGAAACAAACAAGAUGCACUACUAAAUAAACAAAAAGUAAUGGCCCAUGAAUUCAAUCAAAUUGAUGCAGAGAACAAUCCCGUAAAGAGUCCGUCCUUAGUACACUUUGCGACGGUUGAUGAAGAGAAUAAUUUGUAUGAUCAAAAUUUACCAUUUAUGGAAGCCAAACGGAAUAAACGAAAAGUACUUGGCACAGAAAUUGAUGUUAUCAAAUCAGAGCCAAAACUUGUAUUUCAAGAACCAAGAACAGAUGCUCAAAAAGAAGCAUUGCUGAACAAGAUGAAAGUUUUGGGAGUUGAAUACAACCUUCCUCCCGAAAAUAUUAUAAUUCGAGAACCCUUGAACAAUGCACAGGAAGAAGCAGUACGAAAUAAGAAAAAGAUAAUGAGUUCAGAUCAUGAGAUGAGUUCGUUUCAAGGUAGUUCUAGAAGUGAAAGUGUGAAGCGAUUAGGAUUAACGUUGAAUUUAAAGCCUUACAGUGAAGGCUGUACACGUGAAGGUAGCCCUGCUAUGACGCCUAACGCAGGUUCUAUCACUCCUGGAGACAUUUUUCCAAGGCUUGACCUUGAAACGCCGACAACAGCGGAGAUACCUCUUGAGGAAGCUAUGACUGCAGACAUAUUUACACCGAGAAGCGAGGCCAGUAAAGAUUUAGAAUCGGCUAAAACAAGAGACUUUCUUACAACCGACGGCUUUAAUUUUCCACUAAUCGUUGAUGAUGAAAAUGUCGAAUCUGAACUAACCAAUACAACUCACACCGGUGAUACGCCGGAUGGCUCGCCAUUAAAAGCCUUAGACACUGGAGCCCCAAAUAAUACAAAAUACUCGUUUUUCAAUUUAUUAGAUGGCUCGUAUACUCUUAAAGAUUUCGAUCCCUUCGGAAUUAAGGAUUUAAAAAACUAUUCUAAAGAUCACUUCACAAAUAAAAUGAAGGCAGAUAUGGCAAAUUCUUGUUACACAAAUCCAUCUAUCAUUAUGGAGGAAGUGCAAAAGCGACCGUACGAGAAUAUAUUUGCUUCGCGAUAUGUACCCGAAGAAGAUAAUGAAAAGAAGAUAACGUGUGAUAACAUAGCCACUCUUACAGCUUGCCUGCAAAGGUCUGUGAUGUUACCCUUAACAUAUCAACUAGAAGUGGUCAAUAACUCUAUUCUGACCUACUUCCUUGUAAAUCUUGAUAUGUAUGAACAUUUGAGAAGCCUUAAAGAUUAUUUCUUUUUAAUGGAUGGAGAAUUUUCCAGAAGCAUUUGUGAUAAUUUGUUUUCAAAGUUGGUGAAGACAUUGAAUCCUCAAGAGUUGUUAAAUUUUGCAACAUUGCAUAAUAUUUUAGAUAAAGCUUUAGGAUCGUCCAUCUCACAUGUUCACAAAUUCUCAGAAAACUUAUCGUUUACCAUAACGGAAUCACCUCUGAGUUUCCAACAUAGCUCUCCAGACGUACUACAGUGCCUGUCACUCACGUACGCCGUCAGUUGGCCACUAAACAUCAUAUUGUCGCAAGAAGCCUUGUUACGAUAUGCUAAGGUUUUCCAGUUCUUGGUCAAGAUGAGAAGGAUAUUCUGGGUUUUGGGUGAAGAUUUUGAAGCUCUAAAGUUAUCAGUAAAAUUAUCAAAAGAACAUUCUCGCAAGCUUGUCAAAUCACCGCAGUACAUUUCUGUACAAAUAUACCGUCACAUAAUGGCUUCCAUGAUCCGAGCUCUUGACAAUUACAUAGUGACAACUUGCAUUCUCACAUCGUGGAUUGAAUUUGAGAACGAUUUGAAAAAAGCUAGGACGUUGGACGAUCUUUACGAAUGUCAUGUCAUUUAUAUAAAGAAGGUAUUGUUCAGAUGUCUAUUGAACAAUAGAUCUACGCCCGUGAUGAAGUUGCUUAAUGAUAUAUUUACAGUCAUAUUGAAGUUUAGUCGAGUUCUAAAAGCUGGAGAGUGGCAUCAAAAAGAAAAAGACGGACAAUUCACACAUACGAGUUUUAUACAAUUGCAAGAACUGUUUCACUUAUUUGAAAAGCUUGCAAAGUAUCUACACAAAGUCGUCACAAAACUUAUGGAGUGCGGCUACCAGAGGCAUCUGGUCGAACUCUUGACUAUGGUCAAUUUGAAUGGGUACUACAAUCCGGAGAAAACUAAAUCGGAACAAAAUACCAGUGUUCUGUCUGUGACAUGA